CCAACUGAACUAUCAGGGAAGCCCAAGAUGUUAUGGGGGAAAACUCCAAAUGAACUUUGGGGCCAACCCAGUAAUUCCACUUCAGCCACUUACUGCUUGGCAAACCUUGGGCAAGUCCCUGAAAGUCCCCGAGCUUCAGUUUCCUCCUGUCCAAAGUGAGGAUUAUACUUGCAAGAGUAAUCUUAGUCUCCUAAUGGUGUCAUCACAACCUUUAGCACAGGCCUGACUCAGUUCACAUUCAGUAAAUGGUAGUGACUGCUGCUGUCAUCAGUAAACCCAGAGAGGAGGGGCAGGUGUGAGAGAGAAUUAGGAAGCAGAGGUGGCAGGUCUUGGCCAUCAUUUGGCGUGGCCUUCUGGGACUGAACUGCUCAUUCUCCUCUAGCACCAGGGGUGGUGAUAAAGUGAGGAAGGUAAGGGCAACCAGCUGACUACCUUCAGUCUGGGACCCAGCCCUCACCUCACGUCUGGGCUACCCUUCCUAGAACCGCACUACUGGUGUGUGUAUGAGUGUAUCCAUGUGUGUCUUUAGGGAAUGAAGCUCCAGAGAAAACCAAUCCUGUUUCUCAGUCCUGUGGCUCUGGGAGGAGAGCUAGCUGCUAACUUCUUCUGAAGACACCAGUUAUCCUUUGGGCAAGGUGUCAGGAUUCAGUCACAAGUUCUUCAUGAGCCCUGAGAAACGCUGUUGGUCUCCAGGACUCAGUCCCCACACUUAUAAAAUUGUAUAGGUGGGGCCAGUAAUUGAUGCCUUGUCCUGGAUGGAGGGAGACCCUCUCCAGGGAGCUGGGACCCCCCAUACCUCGACCCACUUUGGAUAACACUCUAUGGCCAACUCCCAGUAGCCCUUUCCCAUUGGGUCCAAACCACCCCUUGGUCGGGGAGUGCUCUGUGGGCAGCGUAACCCCCAAUGGACUCCUAACACCUCUCCUUUGUUUCUUUCACCUCCAGUCUCCCACCAGCGGAGCGAAAGUAAACUUUCCUGGCUAAGUUAGAUGAAUGGUCCCCUUUAGCCCGGCGGGCUGCCCGCCUCCUGCCUCCCUACAAACUCCCCCUGUCAAGGGAGGUGCUUUGGUGUGCGGGGGAGGCUGGGGGGCAAGAGCAUAUGGGCAGGGGUUGGGGGUGCCCUGACCCCUCGAAGAGGAAUGGUGCCCCCAGGGAAGAAACCAGCUGGAGAGGCCUCCAACUCCAACAAGAAGUGCAAGCGUUACUUCAACGAGCACUGGAAAGAGGAGUUCACCUGGCUGGACUUUGACUACGAGCGGAAGCUGAUGUUCUGCCUCGAGUGCCGCCAGGCCCUGGUGCGGAACAAGCAUGGCAAAGCAGAGAAUGCCUUCACCGUGGGCACCGACAACUUCCAGCGCCACGCCCUGCUGCGCCACGUGACCUCGGGGGCCCACCGCCAGGCUCUGGCUGCCAACCGGGGCCAGCCCUCUUUUGAGGGCCAGGCUGAGGGCGGAGGGGUCUGCCCAGGCCUGGCCACCGCCCCCAGCUCCAGGGGCGUCAAGGUGGAAGCAGACCCGGCUAAAGUGGCCGUGCUGACCACAGUGUACUGCAUGGCCAAGGAGGAAGUGCCUGAUGACCGCUGCUCUGCCCUGCUCGAGCUGCAGAGAUUCAACCUGUGCCAGGCACUGCUGGGCAUGGAGCAUGGCGAUUACUACAGCCCCAGGAGGGUGAGGGACAUGCAGGUGGCUAUCGCCAGUGUCUUGCACACAGAGGCCCGUCAGCGCCUGAAGGCAUCCCCGUAUGUGGGCCUGGUGUUGGAUGAGACCAAGGACUGGCCUGAGUCCCACCGUCUGGCCUUGUUUGUCACUUCAGUGUCCCCCUGCGAUGGCCAGCCUGCCACCACCUUUCUGGGCAGUGUGGAGCUACAGGAAGGCGAGGCCACCGCUGGCCAAGUCCUGGACAUCCUGCAGGCUUUCGGCGUGUCUGCAUCCAAGCUGGCCUGGCUCAGCUCAAGCCUCCCCAGUGACCGCCUGGGGAGGGUGCGCCCACAGCUCCAGGCCGCCUGCCCGCUGCUCACGGAGUUACACUGCCUCCCUGGCCGGACAGACCCCAAGCCCCCUGCCUACCUAGGUGAAUAUGAAAGUGUACUGGAUGCCCUAUUCCGCCUGCACGGCGGCCCCAGUUCUCACGUGGUCCCUGAACUCAGGGCGGCACUGGACCUUGCAGCUAUUGACUUGGCAGGACCACGGCCAGUGCCCUGGGCCUCCCUGCUGCCUGUGGUGGAAGCUGUGGCUGAGGCGUGGCCUUGCCUGGUGCUCACACUGGAGGCCUCUGCCCCAGCCUCGCCUACCACAAGGGCGCUGGCCCUCGCCCUGCGCCAGUUCACCUUCGUGGCCUUCACCCACCUCCUGCUGGAUGUUCUGCCCUCCGUGCAGAAGCUGGCCCUUGUCCUGCAGCCAGAAGAGCCGGAUUUGGCCUUGCUGCAGCCUCUGGUGAUGGCAGCUACAGCCUCCCUCCACGCACAGUGCAGUUCAGGCCCGGCCUCCGGAGCCCCCAGCCCGCUGCUGGCCUCCCUGGCCCUGCCCGCCAGGCCUCUGCAGCCCCCGCUGGACUUCAAGCACUUGCUCACCUUCCACUUCAAUGGCGCCACCCCGCUCAGUCUCUUCCCCAACUUCAGCACGAUGGACCCGGUCCAGAAAGCUGUCAUCAGCCACACAUUUGGGGUCCCCUCUCCCCUGAAGAAGAAGCUCUUCAUUUCCUGUAACAUCUGUCACCUGAGAUUCAACUCAGCGAACCAGGCUGAAGCACAUUACAAAGGCCACAAACAUGCCAGAAAACUCAAGGCUGUUGAAGCCGCCAAGAGCAAGCAGAGGCCGCAAACCCUGACCCAGGAUGAGACGCUGGUGUCCCCUACCCCGACUCCAGCCGGUGGAGGCCCUGAAGAGCUGCACAGCAAAGUUCCUGCGGCCCCUCCUCCUGGUCCUGAAACCCAGUCACCCCGGAGUCCAGAACCCACGCCCAGGGAGCCAGUCCCCUCAGACCUCUUGGAUGCUGCCUCCUCUUCCUCCUCUUCAUCUUUCCCACCCUGCUCCCCAGAGCCUGGGCCAGAGGCCCCAGAGCCUGAACCAGCAGCAGCUGCUAUGGGAAGCGGUGUGAGUGGGGAAGGCAGGAGCGAGAAGGGGCGCCUCUACUGCCCCACAUGUAAGGUGACUGUGAAUUCUGCCUCCCAGCUUCAGGCUCACAACACAGGAGCCAAGCACCGGUGGAUGGUGGAAGGUCAGCGGGGCGCUCCCCGCAGGGGCCGGGGCCGCACGGUGCCCCGGGGAGGAGCUGGACACAAGGCCAAGAGAGUGACAGGGGGCCGGGGGGGCCGGCAGGGGCCCAGCCCCCCGUUCCACUGUGCUCUCUGUCAGCUCCAGGUCAACUCAGAGACCCAACUCAAGCAGCACCUGAGCAGCAGGAGGCACAAAGACCGCCUGGCCGGGAAGCCCCCCAAGCCCUCCAGCCAGCACAGCAAGCUGCAGAAGCACGCAGCACUGGCUGUGAGUCUCCUCAAGUCUAAACUGGCCUUGCAGAAGCAACUCACCAAGACCCUGGCAGCCCGCUUCUUGCCCAGCCCGCUCCCCACAGCGGCGGCAGCCAUCUGUGCCCUGCCAGGGCCCCUGGCCCUCCGGCCUGCCCCCACAACGGCCACCACCCUCUUCCCAGCUCCAAUCCUGGGUCCAGCUCUGUUUCGCACCCCAGCGGGAGCCGUUCGCCCUGCCACGGGACCCAUCGUUUUCGCCCCCUAUUAGCCCUCCCAGGGAGCCCAGGGCUGACUUCCCAGCAGUCGCCCUCCCAGCAGUUGCCCCUGCCCGCCACCGGCCCUGACCCCUCUCCCUGAGAUGCCUCAGUUCCCUCCAUCCUGCAGGAGAAUGCCUUUUACAGCCUUGGGGUCCUGCCCAAUCUAGGAAGAGCUGGGCUAAUGCUAAGAGCUGCUGCCCAGCCCUCAGUCUGCACUGGGGACUCAACUAAUGCCACCCUGGCCCACGGACCAUCCAUCUGCACCCUCCCUGCCUCUGGUGUCUAGGGCUAGUCCUGGGCUCCCCUCCAUUUCCCAUCCUGACUUACGGGGAGCAAACUGAAAAAUCCAAAGAUCUAUGCAAUAAUCCUAGCCCCAGCCCCAUGGUGCUCUCAUCCCCCCAACUCAAGACCUAUAGCCAUGUGGCCAGAGGCCCAAGGAAUCUGACUUUCUCCUAGCCUGAGGACAAGACUGUGACCUCUAUUCCUAUGCCCUGCAGGGGGUGGGGUUGGGGUGGUCUUCCCCAUUCACUGGAUUCCCCAGAGAAUCACUGGCGAUGAUGGAGGGGGUCUCCAGUGGGAGUGGGUUCAAGGCCGCCUGGACAAGGGUGUGGUGGACUGUGGAGAGAGGGAGCGGCACCAAGUGGGGCAAAGCCAAGGGGCAGCUGGGGCCGCGAGCUUCUGGGGUUUUCGCUUGCUGACAGGAUGGGGUGAGGUGAUGGUGAUGUUCUGGCUGGGCCGUCUGUAAUAGAGGAAAUGACCAGUCCCACACACGUUCUCCCCUCUUAGCCUUUCAUUGAUUCUUCCUGAACCCCAGCUCUCAAGGGGGAAGAGGAGUGACACUGGGUCUCCCUCAGACUAUGGAGCCCCCUGACACCAAAUCCGCCCCCCAGGGCUCCCCUCCAGUUCCUCACUUCAAACUGGCCCCCAGCACUCAAUUCAGCUCUCCCCCAAGACCAGCAGCCCAAGCCCCCCUCGCUGUGAACCCGAGUGUUGGGAUCCACUCUCGAGACCCAUUUUCGUGCCGUCAAGAUGACUGCCACCACCCCCUCCCACCCCAGCACUGCCACCCACCACUCCACGAUAUGGGACUUCGCCAGUAUCCGCCUGUUAUCUUUUUUUAAAAAAGCUAUUUCCAACGGGGGAACAAGAAAAAAGGGGGAGGGGAGGGAAACUUUUUGAUAACAGUUGUGGUUUUAUUGUGUCCAACACAUCAAUAAAUGAAUUUAAGCUCAA